UAUGUGUCAAUUCCAAAGUUUCUUUACAAAACAGCAGCAAUGGCUAACAGAUACUGCCUGGUAUUUUUGCUCACUAUUAUCAUUGGUUCUUUGAUGGUUAUUAUCUCUUCUGCUAAUAAUUUCAAUCAAGAUUUUGAUAUUACAUGGGGUGAGGGCCGAGCUAAGAUACUAAACAACAACCAGCUUCUUAUACUUACCCUCGACAGAAUCUCAGGGUCAGGAUUCCAGUCCAAGAAUGAGUAUCUAUUUGGUAAGAUUGAUAUGCAACUCAAGCUUGUCCCAGGAAACUCCGCUGGCACUGUCACCGCCUAUUAUUUGUCUUCAAAAGGGUCAGCAUGGGAUGAGAUAGAUUUCGAGUUCUUGGGUAACUUGAGUGGUGAUCCGUACACCGUCCACACCAAUGUGUAUAGCCAAGGCAAGGGCGAUAGAGAGCAACAGUUCCAUCUCUGGUUUGACCCAACCACCGACUUUCACACAUAUUCCAUUCUUUGGAACCCUCAACGCAUUGUAUUCUAUGUUGAUGGCGCCCCAAUAAGAGAGUUCAAGAACUUGGAGUCAAUUGGUGUUCCAUUCCCAAAGGACCAGCCCAUGAGAUUACACUCUAGCCUUUGGAGUGCUGAUGACUGGGCUACAAGGGGUGGUCUAGUUAAAACAGACUGGACCAAAGCUCCUUUCGUUGCUUCUUAUAGGAACUUCAAUGCCAAUGCUUGUAUAUGGUCCUCUGGAACAUCUUCUUGCACUUCAAAAUCCCCAUCGUCUGGUGGAUGGCUCUCACAAGAGUUGGAUUUAGCAAGUAAGCAAAAAUUGAAACGGGUGCAAGAGAAGUUUAUGAUCUACAAUUACUGCAGAGACACAAAGAGGUUUCCCCAAGGCUUUCCUCAAGAAUGCAGAGUGUCCUAAAAAAUCAGAAGAUAAACUUUGAUCAUGCUCCUACUGCUGUGAUGUUCCAUUACAUGUUUUUUUUUAGGAGUUCCAUUACAUGUUUAUGUAUUAUUGUUUGUAUACAUAUAAAUAUGUUUCCAUUACAUGCCAAAAAAAAAGAAAAAAUCCAGCUGUAUCUCUCUUGUUCAAAAAUUUAAAUAAGUGGGGUGUCAUGGUAGACUAUUGUGUCAACAAGUUUCCUUGCAACAAAGUUUUUUUAUUUGUAUUUUUUUUUUCUCUUUU